AUGGAAAUAGACUCAGAAUGCCCCGCGGCAGCAGGAGGACGUAGAACUCCCGGCGUGCCUAGAAAGAACUACAUUUCCCAGCAAGCAGUCGGGCUCCAGGGCGGAAGUGGGUCCGGAUCCCGAGCUUCCCCGUUAUUCUUUAUUAGCGAGCUGCUGCAUGAAGGGAGGAAGAUGCUGCGGUUUGGGGGGUUGGGAGCCAGGCUCCUGGGGCGGAGCACCGAACGAUUCGCCACCUCCCGGAAAGGCUUUGCGGCUACGGCCCCUGUGAGUUCGUACGACGUCCGAAGGGUCGAGAUCACCCCUCUGGAGCAACGGAAGCUCACUUUCGACACCCACAACAUGGUGCGGGACCUGGAAGCUCACGGCUUCACGAAAGAACAGGCCCAAACCAUCGUGUCAGCAUUAAUGGCCCUGUCCGGCGUCAGCUUAGAUACCGUCUACAAGGACAUGGUCACUCAAGCGCAGCAGGAGAUCACUCUGCAGCAGAUCAUGGCUCACUUGGACUCCAUCCGGAAAGACAUGGUCAUCCUCGAGAAAAGUGAAUUUGCAAAUCUGAGAGCAGAAAAUGAGAAAAUGAAAAUAGAGUUGGAUCAAGUUAAGCAGCAACUCACGAACGAAACCAGCAGAAUACGAGCUGAUAACAAACUGGACAUAAACUUGGAAAGAAGCAGGGUGACGGACAUGUUCACAGACCAGGAGAAAAAACUCAUGGAAGCCACGACAGAGUUCCAUAAAAAAGAUUCAAGCACCAACAAAGCCGUAACGGAAGUCAGCAAUAAAAUUGAUGCUGAAAUCGCAGCCCUCAAAACGCUCAUGGAAUCAAACAAGCUCGAAACGAUACGUUAUUUGGCAGCCUCCGUCUUCGCUUGCCUCGCCAUCGCUCUGGGAUUUUAUCGAUUCUGGAAAUAAAAGAAACAAGUUGCAGGAACAAGGAUGUCAGGAGCCCUUCUCGAUCUCACCUUUCGCGCAUCCCGGAUUUGCCCUCCGGCAAACGCCUUCAGAGCCUUUUGUGUUGGUAUGGAUUUUUUCCAGCCACGGUACCGAACGGGGUGUUCUUGGCCAGCCUGACUGGACCAGCUGCACGUUCUGGGUCCAUUUUGCUAGGGUUUCUCACGUACUGGAGGACAGGAACUUAAACAGGAUUCCUCCACAAGGAGAAGGUUUCAGCCAUCAUCACAUAUUCCACAUACGUGCCUGGAUUCAUUUGGCUCUUUUCUCCUCCGGCAGCUUUCCUGACUCCUGUUGACCCCUCCCCCCCAAGUCAUGUUUAUGCCCUCAUCUGAGCGCUUUGCAGUUCAGCUGCAGCCCCGAUCCGAUGCCUCCCCCGCAGACGCUCACGCUUGACUCUUCUCUAAGCAUCAAACACCGUUGGAGGCCCGUGCUUCAUCCAGGUCAAGGCGGAGCGCGUUCAAAGGAGUUUCUUUUCUUUUUAAAAUUUUUAAACCCA